GCGCGGGACUUAUCGAUUCCUCCGUUGUCCAGGACCCGUAGAUAGAGGAACUUGGGAGGUGCCAGUUGCGCAUUGCGCAUUCUAUACCGAGAUUUCUACCCCUGGUAUGAAAGGAGAGACUUCGAGAAAGCUCCUGUUCGGAGUCGAUAUCGUGUUUACUGUGAUGAGGUGUUUCGUGCUGUAGCGUAUAGUUUUUUCUUCGUCGCCUUAUGUAUGUCCUGUGACCCAGAUAAAGGCACAGUCUGUGAGUAACGCUCCCCUGACGGUUGUAUUUUUCAGUGAAAAUUCGUGUGUAAAGGGGGCGCGAUUACCGGCGAACGCCAGAUCCUCUCCGCGUGUGUGUUCUUUUUUAUAAUAUACCUAAUUAUUAAUUAAUCGAUUAAUUAAUAUAAAUCCGCUACCUUGUUAAUCGCGUAUCACCGCCUUUAUAUCGUAAAUUAAUAUUAUUUAAAAUGGAUAAAAAAGAUAAGGAAGAGUUUUACUCGCCACCACCGAAACUCGGCAAAGGAGAGCAAUGCAUGACAUUUAUAUGGAAUCCCGAAACGAAAGAAUUCAUGGGACGGACAGCCGGUAGUUGGGCGAAGAUAUUGUUAUUUUACUUGAUUUUCUACAUUGUGCUGAGCGUGUACUGGGGCGGUCUAUGGGUUGCAUUCAAAGCUAUAGCAAUUAAUAAAGAAACGCCGAGAUAUAUGCUGAAAGAAUCGUUAAUCGGAACUAAUCCUGGUUUGGGUUUUCGACCAAUGCCAGCCGCAGAAUUCGUUGACAGCGCUUUAAUCUGGUAUAACCAAAAUAAUUACGGAUAUUUGAAUUGGACUACUCAAUUGGAGAAAUUUUUAAAACCUUACUAUGGAGAUACAUCCAGCAGACCAGAAGAUAGAAAUCCUAAUGUUCAAAAUUGUACUUAUGAAACACCUACUAAAAAUGUUCCACCAAAUAGAGUUUGCAGAGUUCCUAUCGAAAAAUUUGCACCGUGUCAUCAACAGCAUUAUCAAUACGAUAAAGGAUCGCCGUGCAUAUUUUUAAAAUUAAACAGAAUUUUCAAUUGGAUUCCAGAAUAUUAUAAUGAUUCCAAAAUUCUACCGGAAAAAAUGCCAAACCAUUUGAAAUUGAAAAUUAAAAACAUCGAAGACAGAAACCGCUAUGAGAUGAACACAGUAUGGGUUUCAUGCGAAGGUGAAAAUGCCGCCGAUAGAGAGCACAUCGGACCAAUUAGCAUGUUUCCAUCACCCGGAUUUCCUGGUUUUUAUUUUCCAUUUUCAAAUGCCAAAGGUUAUUUGAGUCCUCUUGUUGCUGUUUGGUUCGAAAAACCUACCAAGGGUGUACUAAUAAACGUCGAGUGCAAAGCUUGGGCUAAGAAUAUCGAAUAUGAUCGUCACGACAGAAGAGGCUCCGUUCAUUUUGAAUUAAUGAUUGAUUAAAAUGAUUUGCCACCAGAACUCAAAAGAACAGAUGCGGACUUAGUAAUAAAUUAAAAAGCUUUUAGGAAUAAAAAAUUUUUUCAAUCAUUAGUAGCUGCGUGAAUAUGCGAAGGUUGAAUUUGGUGAAUUUUCAAACGAAAGUGACACUGCCUCAUUAAAAAUUUAGAUUUAUGUGAACAGUAUUACUGAUUUAAAAUAACCACAUCCUACACAAAAACGCAUUCACCCAAGUUGUUGUUCAUCGAUCAAAAUUCCCCGUGUUUAAUUAUAGCUUUUCCUUUAUCAUUUUUUUUUUUUUAAUUAAAACAUUUUUUAUGUUAUUUUUUUGUUUUUUCGUUACUAGACGCGAAUAGAUGAACGCCGUAGUUAUUUAGUAAAUAAGCAAACUAUAUUUAAAAUCAAGUAGAGCGAUAGUUACCGAAAAAAAAAAAAAAUCGUUAUUGACUGAAGCAAUAUUCUCUGUCGCAAAAUCUUCGGUGUGAAUCCUGAUUUUAAAUUGUUUUUUAUAUUUUAUUUAUCGAUUAUAAUGAAUAGGUCGUCAGUAUACAUUUUUUUUUCAUUUUGUCAUUUUUAUGAAAAUACAUUUUAUGCAAUAGGGUUUUUACGUUUUGGAUAAAUGGAAAUCAAAGCUUGAAGAAAUUUUUGGCAUUAUCGAAUACCUACUUAUAUAUGUAUGUAAGACUAAGAUACAAACAUCAACGUUGUACUUGAAAUUUAUACUAUAAUAUUUCAUGGCUAGUUAUUAGUUUUAUGUAUUUAUAUUAUCUUUAUGUAUCUUAUGAUGUGACGUUGAAUUGUUGUAUUUUAGGGCCUAUUACACAAUCAAGAAAAAUUAUAUGUUCGAGAUUAAUAACUUAUCGUAUUUUUUUACGCGUAAUCGUUAAGCUUAAUAUUGUCAAUCGAUCUUUUCGAUUUUUUAUGUUAAAGAAAAAAAAUAAUCAGUCCGAAUUUCAACACCAAUUUAAUAUACCUAAAUAUACCUACAUUCUAAUAACAAUAUAACUUCAGAAAGUCCAAAGUGCAACUUUAUAUUAGAAAUUAAAUUUGAAAAUGAAAAUCAUCGUAAUGUGAUAUUAUAAAAAUUACGUCGAAGAUUUCAAUUGAAGGAAGGAAAACACGAAAUUAUGAAAAAAGAAAAUUCAUGGAAUAAUUUCGAGCCAACGAGAGUGAACUUUUUUACGCAGUGUGAUGGCCUUUAUACCUUUACUUUAUAUACGUAACAUCCGAUUUAAAAACCCACAAAAAAGAUUGCCGUAUAAGAAAGAAAAUAAACGAAGCCGUUACAUUGCGUAGUCUUUUAAAAAGAUGACCAAUCCUGUAUUAUUUUCUUUCUAUUUUUUGUGAUUGUUUUGCAUGUCCCCCUCCCCCUUUGAACUGAAACUUAAUAAUUUAAAAAAUUAUUCAGUAAGUUGUAGCGAUGUAAUGACGAAUUACAAGCGUGAUUAAUUAUAGAAAAGCGAAUUUUACGGACUUGGGUCUAUAAUUUUUAUUUUCCUUGAGGGAGCAUAUGCGCUCAUUUAAAUUUAUAUAUUUAUUUUUAAGUAUGUUUUCUCUUCGUGUUUAAAAAUUAAAACAUAGGGUCACGAUUUUAUUUUUAUUUAAAAAAUUUUUUUGUUUGUUUUUAUUUUAUUUUUUGUUUUGUUUUUAUAAAAAAUAUGAUAAAUGCGAAUACGACGACUAGUUCCAUUGUAUUGUGUUUUUUAUUGUUUUUUUUUUUCGUUUUCUCCCCUUCUAGAAUACUCCGCUAUUUGUUUUGUUAAAUGUGCAUUCAUUGUUGUAGAUAUUAAUUUAAAACCUAUGUAGGCUAACGUUAAAUUUGUUAAGUGAGAUAAACGUGGAUUUUUAAGAAAAAAUCAAGAUGACCACGUGAUUUGUAUAUAUCAAUGCAAAGGAAAUGUAUAAGAGAAUAAGGCGAGGCAAGUUUAUAUCGUGCUGACAAUAGAUUGUACAUAAAAAUGAUAUUGUUAUAUAUAAUUUUUUUUAAAACUUAGUUUAUUCUGUAAGAGACGAAAUGUAAUGUAAUUCACGAAAUUGCCAAUGCAUUUUUUCUAUAUCUUCAUAAAGCAGUCCGUUAUUGACAGAAAAGAAAGAAAAAAACUAAACAGUCAGCGAUUUUUAUUUUUCCUUUUGCUAUAAAACCAGUUUAUUUAUUUUAUUUUUAGUUCAAAUGUUUAAGGUUUAAGAUAUUAUCGUUAGUAGUUAACAUUUGAAACAAAUAGUUUGACUUGAAAUUGCGUUUGUUAAAUGUCUACAUAGUGUUUAAAAUAAUAAUAAAAAAAAACAAAUUAUAAAACAAAAUCUAGUCAACGUAGAAGUAAUUAAUGUAUUAAAAUAGAUAACAAAGCAGGCAAUUUGAUCGAUAUUAUGAGAAUUUGUUGAAUAACUUAUUUGUUAACUAGUUUAGUAGUUACCAUAUAAGAAAUUUAUGAUUUUUUACUAAGUGUACAUUUUUGCGUAAAUUUUUAAGUAUGUUUUACUUCGUGUCAACACGAAACUUAUAUAUUUCAUCGCGUAUAACGUUAUAAUGAUUAAAAAAAAAAAAAAACAUAGGAAAUUUUUAACAUCGUUUUAUACGAAGCACACAAUUGUACGAGAAGAACUGAAGAAAAAAAAAUACUAAGAGUAGGUACCUAACAAUUAUCAUUAUUAUACCAACAACGACGAAUUUUUGUACUAAAUAUUAUAUUUUAAAAAAUGAAUACCUAUUUUUUAUUUAAAUUCAAACACGUUGUGUCUUCUUUGUUUUAACUGUUUUUUUGUUUUUGUCGCGUAUAACAUUCCUUUAUUUGAUAAUUUAGAUGUAUGAUGACUUUUUUUCAUUUCGCGUAUUUGUGAAAGAAUUUAGGGCUAGCUCUCUUGAUACGUGAGUUUUGUUUGACACAUGCUAGUCAUUUUUUUUAUGAUAAGGUAGAUCAGCAUAGAGCUAGUCCUAUUUAUUUUAUAAGUUCAUUGAUUUUAACGCUAUCGUUGUGAAUUACAUAAUCAGAAAAAGUUAACGUUUAAAUGUUAUAUACUUAUAUUACACCACUAUCGCUAUUAAGAGCUCAUCAUGAAAGAGUGCAAAUUUUAAUUUAAAUGUAUAUAUUAAAUAAUCAAUCUUCUUGUUAUUGUUGCUUCCUUUUAGCGUAAUAAAACAUAUAAAAUUGUC